AUGACUUUAGAUUCAGUUGAAGCUUAUCACAUUCUCCGUAAUGGAAUUACUGGUGGUCUAUCAAAUGUUCAACAUAGAGUAAAUCUUAAAGGAAUCACGCACAUUAAUAAACUUUCAUAUAGUCCAGAAACUAAAACUGUAUCAAAUGAGGACACCACCAACAUUAUGACUCAUUUCGUUGGUGUUGAUUUUAAUUCAUUAUAUCCUUCAUCAUUUUCAUCUAAUCCUCAUGAUUUCAUUCAAUAUACUGACCAUAAAAUGUAUAUGCCGGGAAGAUUGAAUGGUGUUAUCAUUUGUGAUACAGCAACAAAGAAAGCAAAAGCACUGGGAAUUAUUAGAAAGAAAAAUACUUUAUUCGUGGCUGAAGUAAAAGGUCACAUUGAUGAAAAAUACAUUAAUGAUUACAUAAACUUUUUACCGAUAAUAAGAAACUUAGAUAUUAUCACAGAUGAAAAAACAAUUGGCAGUUUUAUGUAUAAUUGCAUGAAAUCAAACAAUCUACCAGUUGACCAGAAACAGAGAAAAUUAACUCAGUUAGCAUCAACACACAACCAAUAUCAACCAUUUUCUUCUUAUUAUCUUUGGUAUCUAAUCGACAGAUUUCAUUUUAUCAUCGAUGAUAUUCAAUCAAUUUUAACAUUUACUAAAAACACUUGUUUUAAUGAAUUUGCGAAUGAAUUUAUGAACGAAAGACAAAAGGCUGAAUUAGAAGGAAAUAAAGGAAAAAGUUUAUUUUGCAAGAUUUCACUUAAUGGAUCAUAUGGUUACGAUGCAAUGAAUACACAAAAUUACGCAAAGACUAAAAUAAUGAAUGCACAGAAGGCACGCGUUGCAUGUAUGUCAAAUAAGUUUAAAAACAUAAGAGAAAUAGGAGAGGAUACAUAUCAAGUGAUGCUUAAAGAUAGAUUUUAUAGAUGUGAAACAUGUUUACAAGAGGCAUUCUUCACUUUAGAUAAUGCUAAAUACUGGUAUUUGGUUUUCAUUUAUGAUUUUAUGUAUAAAUGCAUGGAUGUUAAUCGUUUUCAUUUCAUUGAAGGUGAUACUGAUUCAUCUUAUUGGGCAAUCGCUGGCGAUCCAAAUCUUCCUAACACUCAAGCAUUUCAAGCAAUUGUAACCGAUAAACAAUUUUAUGAUAAAAACAUUUUCAAAUUCGCACCUUUUGAUUUCUUUG